AACAAGAAGGUAGGACAAAGGGAGAUGAGUGAGUAAUAAUAGUAUUAAAAUCCAACAAUCUACGGCGCAGGUGUUGAGAAUAAUUGUGGAGAUGGAAGGAGGGAAACGAAGCACGAUUCUGAUCACCAACGACGAUGGUAUCGAUGCUCCUGGCUUAAGAGCAUUGGUUCAUUCGCUCGUCAACACCAACCUCUUCAACGUUCUAGUGUGCGCUCCUGAUAGUGAGAAAUCAGCUGUUAGUCACUGCAUCACUUGGCUCCAUCCAAUAGCUGUUAAGCAAGUAAACAUCAACGGAACCACCGCGUUUGCCGUUUCUGGGACUCCCGCUGAUUGUGCUUCUCUAGGGGUUUCCAAAGCUCUCUUUCCUACAGUACCUGAUCUGGUGGUCAGUGGCAUAAACAAGGGUAGCAACUGCGGUUAUCACAUUGUUUACUCAGGCACUGUAGCUGGAGCUCGAGAGGCAUUCUUCAAUGAUGUACCUUCUAUCUCCGUUUCAUAUGACUGGAUUAAAGGAAAGAGUAACCUACAAGACUUCACCCUUGCUGCGCAAGUAUGCAUACCUAUCAUAAGUGCUGUAUUGGUUGAGAUAAAGAAUCCAAGCUUCCCUAGAAGAUGCUUUUUGAAUAUAGAUGUGCCAAACAAUGUUGCUAACCAUAAGGGUUACAAGCUAACUAAGCAGGGUAAAAGUAUCAUCAAGAUGGGAUGGAGGCAAGUCACCUCUGAGACAGAAGGACAAAAAAUGUCAUCUGAUAUGACCAAUACAGAUACAGAAACACCAAAGAGUUUUGAGUCAUCUGUAUCGCCAGAACAUCUUUUGUUUGCGAGAGAGGUAAGAGGUUCUGUACUUGAUGAUGAUGAUACGGACUACAGAUCUUUGCAGGAAGGAUAUAUUACUGUUACUCCCCUUGCUGCUCUCUCUCAUGCGGAGGUAAACUGUCAGACCUUUUUUAAGAAUUGGCUACAAAGUGUCCCUGAACCCUCUCCAUCAUCUUUAUGAUGCUAUUACUUUGGUUCACUGGAAGUUAUGUCAACUCAAUCUGUUGCUAAAUCAAUUAGUUAGAUCCUGAGCAAUAUGGUUGCUCCGGUAUCCAUGCCAUUGCUCCAUUAUAGUCAUGGGGCAAUAAAGACAUUUCAAUAGUGUUAUAUAAUUGAAUGAGAAAGCUUAUUUUCUGCGAUUUAUUUAGUAAAACAUAUGACUCAUUUUUAGAUUGAUUAACAGCAAUUCUUCUUCCACCUGAAUUGCACAGGUUGUUGUUUGAAUGGAUAAAAACUUAAUCUAAUGGAAAUUCAAAUUUCCUCUCUUAAGUUACGUA